AUGUCAUCUGCGGAGAUGAAUAUAGAUCCUCACGUACUUUUGUCUUUACUUUAUAUACACAGUUCUAACAGUAUUUUCUUUUGUGACCCUAAUUUACAUUUUAUCUCCAUCCCAAAUACCCGGUACUUAGUCUUGUCAUACCGUAUACGUCGUUGGGCUGCAUCUGGACAGCCAAUUUGUGGCCUUUGGGGUACCGAAGGACACGUUACCAAGAAAUGUUCCAGGAAAACCGAACGAUUCCAAUCUGUGGAAAGAGUGAAGAAAGCAACUCCCACAGUCACGUCUACCUCUUCUGCGACAGUACAAUAUGUUUCAUGGGUUUGUCCUGUCCAAUCCAGUCAUUCUGGACUGCCACGUUGCGCCCAAAUUAGCGCAUGGGCUAAUUGUCGGUUACGCGGUAUUCAGAUCAUUGGAAGCGGCUAUCGAUUCUGGUACGAAUCAAGUGCACAUUCCGACAGGUGGCAAAACCCAACAGCUGUUAACUCGGUGUGUUCCAUGGCAAUUUCGUUAUUCCUUUCAGACUUGCAUCAUGAAUUUGUGGAUAUCCAAGGACCUCCAGCUAAGAAAAAACGGCUGUCAGUUGCUGUGGGUGUAGUCCAAUUCAACGACAAGGGUGUAGCUACGGUGAAAAUUACUAAUUUAGAUACCACAGUUAUUUGA